GUUAUACAGUUACGACUUCGUUGCUAAACUCAACGACCUCCUUCAUUUCUUGAACUCAACGCCGCAACAACCUUCACCACUUGCAUUUCCAAUUUUCAAUACGCCGUCCUUCGCCGGAGCCACCUAUCUCCGGCGAUUAAUCGGUAUCCAAUCACAACACUCUCCCUCAGUGCUGUUAUUUUCAUUUUUUAUACACACAACACGUAGAUAUCGGAGAUAUUAUUGCCAUUAGUUGUUAGUGUUCAGAUUUAGAUGCCUAACAGUUGUUCAGAUUCGAUUCUUUAUCUUCACGGAGAUCUCGAUCUAACGAUUGUAGAAGCUCGAUGUUUACCUAAUAUGGAUCUGUUAUCGGAGCGUAUGCACCGGUGCAUCACGAUCUUCGAUAACUGUAAAUCACCGUCGCUCGAACGAACGAAGUCGCAACGACGUCGUAAGAUCAUUACCAGUGAUCCGUACGUAACCGUCAGCGUCGGAGAAGCUACGGUUGCGCGAACGCGUGUGAUAUCGAACUCGCAAAAUCCUAUCUGGAACGAGCAUUUUGUGACGCCGUUAGCGCAUCCGGCGACGGAGUUGGAGUUUCAAGUGAAGGAUGAUGAUGUGUUCGGAGCGGAUUUGAUCGGAGUUGUUACAAUUCCAGCUGAGAGAGUGAUUUCCGGUGAGUUGAUUGACGAUUGGUUCCCAAUAAUCGGUCCGAGUGGUAAACCGCCUAAACCUAACGCUUCUAUACGGUUACAGAUCAAAUUUACCUCGUGUGAUUAUCGAAAAACGGAUGAGUUGUUUGGUUUGAAGGAUAGUUAUUUUCCGGUGAGGCACGGGGGGAGUGUGACGCUGUAUCAGGAUGCGCACGUGCGAGAGGGGGAGUUACCAGAGAUUGAAUUGGAUGACGGGAAGGUUUUUAAGCAGAGAGGAUGUUGGGAGGAUAUCUGUCAUGCAAUUUUAGAGGCUCAUCAUUUGGUGUACAUUGUUGGUUGGUCGAUUUACGAUAAGGUGAAGCUGGUUAGAGAGCCUACGAAACCGUUGCCAAGGGGCUGGGAUAUGACUCUUGGGGAGCUGUUGAAGUAUAAGUCACAGGAAGGGGUUAGGGUUUUGUUGUUGGUUUGGGAUGACAAAACUUCACACAACAACUUCUUCAUCAAAACGGAGGGAGUUAUGCAAACUCAUGAUGAAGAGACAAAGAAGUUUUUUAAACACUCUUCCGUCCACUGUGUGCUUUCACCUCGUUAUGCAAGCAACAAACUUAGCAUCUUCAAACAAAAGGUAGUUGGGACCCUAUACACCCAUCAUCAAAAAUGUGUUAUAGUGGAUACACAGGCCCAUGGAAAUAACAGGAAAAUAUCUGCUUUUAUCGGUGGGUUGGACCUCUGUGAUGGACGCUAUGACACACCAGAGCAUCGUUUAUUUGGUGAUCUUGACACAGUAUUUGAGAACGAUUUCCAUAAUCCAACAUUACCCACAGGUACAAAAAGUCCAAGACAACCAUGGCAUGAUCUACAUUGCAAAAUUGAUGGUCCUGCUGCAUAUGAUGUGCUCAAAAACUUUGAACAAAGGUGGAGGAAAGCCACAAAAUGGUCUGAAUUUGGACUGCGUUUUAAAAGAAUAUCUCAUUGGCAUGAUGACUCAUUAAUCAAACUUGAACGCAUUUCCUGGAUACUCAGUCCAACAUCAACUCUACCAAAUGAUGAUCCUGCAUUAUGGGUUUCUAAAGAAGCUGAUCCUGAAAACUGGCAUGUUCAGGUUUUUCGCUCUAUUGAUUCUGGUUCUUUAAAAGGGUUUCCAAACGAUGUUCGACUAGCUGAGUCUGAGAAUCUAGUGUGCGCUAAAAAUCUGGUGAUUGAUAGGAGCAUCCAGAAAGCAUACAUCCAAGCCAUACGAUCCGCCAAGAACUUCAUCUAUAUUGAGAACCAGUAUUAUCUUGGGUCUUCUUAUGCUUGGAAUUCCUAUAAAGAUGCAGGUGCUGAUCACUUAAUCCCUGUGGAACUGGCGUUGAAGAUUGCUAGUAAGAUAAGAGCAAAUGAAAGGUUUGCAGUUUAUAUCAUCAUUCCAAUGUGGCCCGAGGGCGUCCCUACUUCUGCGUCUGUUCAAGAAAUUCUGUUUUGGCAGGGACAAACUAUGCAAAUGAUGUAUGAAGUAAUUGCUAGAGAGCUCAAGAAUUCAAAGCUUGAGAAUGCACAUCCACAAGACUACUUAAAUUUCUACUGCCUUGGUAACCGUGAACAGUGUGAUGAACAAGUGUCGAAGAAUUCGGGCACCCACACCUCUUCUAAUGGUGGUUCGGUUUCGGCUUCUCAAAAGCAUGGUAGGUUCAUGAUAUAUGUACAUGCGAAGGGGAUGAUAGUAGAUGAUGAGUAUGUGAUAUUAGGGUCUGCCAACAUUAACCAACGAUCUAUGGCUGGUACACGAGAUACUGAGAUAGCUAUGGGCGCUUAUCAGCCUCAUCACACAUGGCCUCACAAGAAGAAAACACACCCUCGUGGUCAAGUAUAUGGAUACAGAAUGUCACUAUGGGCAGAACACACAGGAAAGGUAGAAGACUACUUCAAGCAGGCAGAAAGCUUAACCUGUGUAGAAAACAUAAACAAACUGGCAGAAGAUAACUGGGAGAAAUUCACCAAUGACGACGACUACACUCCGUUGCAAGGUCAUCUUCUAAAAUACCCGAUCAAAGUUGAGUCUGAUGGAAAAGUAAGCUCUUUACCUGGACAUGAACACUUCCCUGAUGUUGGUGGUAAAGUCCUAGGUAGUCCAUCCACCCUCCCUAGUGCUUUAACCACAUAAUAAUAAUAAUCAUCCAUAUUUUGUCACUGCGUACAUAUGUACACGAAAAUUGUUUUUUGGGUAGGAUCACACGUUGGAACUGUCAGGUAAAAAAAGUGUAGAUUAUUGUUUUGUACAUUGACAUAAAAAAUCGAGCUGGUUGGAUAUAAAACUGCACAUAGUUUUGGAAUCUGGAAAA